GGAACGUUAAAAACUUAAAAUCUUAACUCCAAAAAAAGAAGAAAAAGAUGCAAGUAUCAAGUUUGGCAAUCUAUGAUUAAUUAAAUAAAAUAAAAUAUUAGGGAAAAACACUAUAAAAUAUCAGGAAUAAAGGAAUAAAACAGCAAAUCCAGCAACGGCACAUUACAUACAUUAUUUCCACUGUCCAAACUGUCUUCAGUCUUCACUUUACUUUACUAAACUAACCCCACCCACUCACCGUCUUCCACCUGCUUCAUAUCUCAACACAAACCCCAACUCUGAACAACUACUCAAACCAUGAGUAUGUACGGUAGGGAUCCAUGGGGCGGCCCAUUAGAAAUGAACACAGCAGACUCCGCCACCGACGACGACCGGAGCCGCAACCUGAACGACUUCGACCGCGCCUCAUUGUCACGGCGGUUGGAUGAGACGCAGCAAAGUUGGUUGUUGGGUCCUGGAGAACAGAAGAAGAAGAAGUAUGUGGAUCUUGGGUGUGUUGUUGUCAGCCGUAAGAUCUUUGUUUGGACGGUUGGAUUGUUGCUUGCUGCUGGGUUUAUUGCUGGGUUUGUUGUGUUGCUUGUUAAGACUGUUCCUAGGCAUCAUAAGCAUCCACCUCCUAAGGAUAAUUAUACGCUUGCGUUGCAAAAGGCUCUUAUGUUUUUUAAUGCCCAAAAGUCUGGAAAACUCCCGAGGCAUAAUAACGUUUCAUGGAGGGGCAACUCCUGUAUGAAUGAUGGCAAGUCGGAUAAAUCAGGAGCCGUGUUGAAAGAUCUAGUGGGCGGGUAUUACGAUGCCGGAGACACAAUAAAGUUUCACUUUCCUAAGGCUUUUGCCAUGACCAUGUUGAGUUGGAGCGUGAUCGAAUACUGUGCUAAAUAUGAAGCUGCGGGUGAGCUCAAUCAUGUUAAAGAGAUUAUCAAAUGGGGCACUGAUUACUUUCUCAAGACCUUCAAUUCUACUGCCGAUUCAAUUAGCCAACUCGUAGCUCAGGUUGGAAAAGGUGACACGUCAGGCGGGACGAGUGAUCCCAAUGAUCAUACUUGUUGGAUGAGACCCGAGGAUAUCGACUACCCUCGCCCCGUGACUGAAUGCUCAAGUUGUUCUGAUCUUGCUGCAGAAAUGGCUGCUGCGUUAGCUUCUGCAUCGAUUGUUUUCAAGGACAAUAAAGCGUACUCAAAGAAACUUGUGCACGGUGCCGCAACCCUUUGGAAGUUCGCUAGGGAUCAACGCGGUAGUUAUAGUGCUGGUGGUUCAGAUGCUGCUACAUUUUACAAUUCUAGUAUGUAUUGGGAUGAGUUCGUUUGGGGUGGAGCUUGGAUGUACUACGCGACAGGUAAUCAGUCUUAUCUUUACCUUGCUAGUCACCCGAAACUUGCUAAGCAUGCUGGUGCUUUCUGGGGUGGACCGGAUUAUGGUGUUCUUAGCUGGGAUAAUAAGCUUACUGGAGCUCAAGUACUACUUACUAGAUUGAGAUUGUUUUUGAGCCCUGGUUAUCCGUAUGAAGAAACAUUGAAGACAUUUCACAACCAAACAAGCAUAAUCAUGUGUUCAUACCUUCCAUACUUCAAUAGUUUUAACCGAACAAGAGGAGGGUUGAUCCAGUUAAAUCACGGUAGACCCCAGCCUCUUCAGUAUGUGGUGAAUGCAGCCUUCUUGGCUACACUGUAUAGCGACUAUCUUGAUGCUGCCGAUACUCCGGGGUGGUAUUGUGGGCCCAAUUUCUACUCAACCAACGAGCUACGUAAAUUUGCAGAGAGCCAGAUUGACUACAUUCUUGGCAAGAACCCAAGAAAAAUGAGUUAUGUCGUGGGUUACGGGAACCACUACCCGAAGCACGUGCACCAUAGAGGCGCAUCUAUCCCCAAAAACAAAGUCAAAUACAACUGUAAAGGAGGGUAUAAAUGGAGAGACUCUAAAAAACCAAACCCACACACCAUCAUCGGCGCAAUGGUUGCAGGGCCAGACAAACACGACGGUUUCCAUGACGUGCGUACAAACUACAACUACACCGAGCCAACUCUUGCUGGAAACGCCGGUCUAGUUGCAGCCCUGGUCGCCCUGUCAGGUGACAGAACAACCAAGAUUGAUAAAAACACUAUUUUUUCAGCGGUGCCGCCAAUGUUUCCGACUGCGCCACCACCACCAGCACCCUGGAAACCUUGAGAUGCUGCAUGGGUUUAUUUAUUUAAAGGGUAAAAAGGUAAAGAUAGACAAAUAUUGACAAUGAAGAAUCUGGACCACAAAGUUGUAGGAGUGGAGGCAGUUGGAAUGGAAGCAGUUGAAUAUACGUUUUAUGAGUGAACUCUUUUGUUUUUUUGUUAAUUUUAAUUGGAUUAUGGAUUAGAUCACCUCACAAACCAAAUCGACAAGAGACCCUCUAUAUGGCUGAAAACAUCACCAUCAUGUACCCACCAAACGAGCCAAUCCAACUACUACUCAAGGAUUCCUCACCACAGUUGGGAUUUAGUAAGUUGAAAUUUGAGACCUAGAGUCUUUUUGGAUUUCUUACAUCUAUUUUAUGUUAACUAAACAUGUGUAAACAUUUGCUUCUGUUGUGUUUUUUGUUAUCUA